GAGAAGAAAGAAGGAGGAAAGAAACAAGUCCCCUUACAUCUGCACCAAGUCCAUAUUUCAACUCCAAUUCCGUGUGCCCACUCACUAUAUCAGACCGACCAGGCCUAAAUCUCAAUUCCCAAUUCCUCCGUUUAGGGUUUCUCUCUCUCGAAGUCCGCUCGCUCCAAUUCAUGUUUUCAUAUCCUUGAUUGAUUCGCUUCUCGUCGAUUCUCUCUUUGAUUCGAUUCGUCUAUGGAACUGCAGCUACAGCCAAAGGCGGUACCCGCGGUUGAGGUUCAUGCUGGGGAUUUGGAGAAGUCAUAUGUCACGGAGGUUCGCAACGUUGACAUGGCUGAGGCAAACGAAGGUUGUUGCGUCACUGUUUUGAAGCGAAAGCGUGGUCGUCCGGCCAAGGGAGACCGUGUUCUCAAAACCACGGCACCGCCGACGAAGCAUAGCAGGGACGAAGAGGAUGUUUGCUUCAUAUGCUUCGACGGUGGAAGCCUCGUUCUCUGCGAUCGCCGGGGAUGCCCUAAGGCGUAUCAUCCCUCGUGUGUUAAGCGGGACGAGGCGUUUUUUCGCUCAAAGGCCAAAUGGAAUUGCGGUUGGCAUAUAUGUAGCAUUUGUGGGAAGGGGUCACAUUAUAAGUGCUAUACUUGUACAUAUUCUUUGUGCAAGGGGUGUACAAAAAGGGCAGAUUUUGUCUCUGUCAGAGAAAAUAAAGGUUUAUGUGGAAUGUGCAAGAGGACUAUAAUGCUGGUAGAGAAUUGUGCUCAGGGAGAUAAGGUACUGGUGUGUGAAGUGGAUUUUGAUGACAAGAGCAGCUGGGAGUAUCUUUUCAAGGUGUAUUGGACAUAUUUGAAGGAGAAGCUAUCUUUGACCAUUGAUGAGAUCCUUGAAGCUAAAAAUCCAUGUAAAGGUGUUGCGAGAUUAGAAGUAUCUGGUGUCGCAGCAGGUGUUUCAUCAUUACUACUCUCUCCAAAGAUGGAGCUGCCAAUUGGCAAUAUUGCGAAUGAUAAACUGUGGCAUUAUCAGGAUCCAACCGGGAAGGUUCAAGGACCUUUCUCUUUAGUGCAGCUUUAUAAGUGGAAUGUGAGCGGAUAUUUUCCUGCAGAACUCAGAAUAUGGAGGAUAGAUGAGACACAAGAUAAUGCUGCAUUAUUAAUUCAUGUGCUUAGUGGGAAGUGCUCAAAACUUGUGUCAUUGACAUACGACAGUCAGAAGCUGUCUCUGGAGACCAAUAGUACAUUGGAAAAUAAAGAAAGUAGUCAGGAUGGUGGUGUUGAGCACAAUAUGACAACAAAUGGAAAUUCUGCGAACCACCAAAUUGUUGACCAGUGUGGGGAGCAAAAAUUGGUUGAUACCUGUACACAAUCCAAUGGUAAAGAUGAAUCUGUUAAGAGCAAUGGUUGGCACUCUCAGUCUCCGGGUUGGACUAUACAAGCAGAUGGGAAUAAUAAUGAGGGGCAAAGUGGAAAUUCUGAAAGGAGAGAGGAUUCGCCCAAAUGUGAGGACGGUCCUCACUUACACCCUUCGCUACCUUCAACUGCAUUUUGUGAAAAACUCGAAGAGAAUCCUUCUGAUAAAUUAGAGGAAGUUCAUAAGAUGGAGGUGAAGUCUGAAGAUAAUGGAAAUUUUGACUUGAACAGAAUUUUUGAUGGUCAAAGUAAUAGUGGACAAAAUUAUCAGAAACAAUCAGACAGUGAGGAUAAUUCUGGGCAAUCUUCUGGUCAGAACUGGAGUUGCCCUAGUGUAACUAAUCCAGUUUGUAACCUAUCUACAUGGCUUUCAAUCUUUGGCGAACCAAAUGAUUUGGAUGAGUCAGUUUCAGAUCUGUUGGCUGAAGUGGAGGCAAUGGAGUCACUUGGUGGUGGCCUGGAAUCUCCCACUUCAAUCAUGAAAUGUGGUGAGGAGCUGACUGACGGUUCUAUAACUGAUUGUCUUAGUUUUGCAGAUGGGCUUAGCCCAAUGAUUGAUGCAGCAGGUAAAGGUGAUGCACUGAGUUCCUCAGGUGAUUUACACUUUCCAUCUCAAACCACAACACCAGAUGAACCAACUAAGCAAACCGACGUGUGCCAUCAACAUCAAAAGAUAUUUGGGGAGCAUACAUCGAAGAGUUCAGAAGUUGAGUCUACAUUCUCUAAAAUUAGCUGGAAUCCACACAUUCAAUUUUCCUGGGGUCCUCCUAACUGUUGACAUUACAGAUUAUGUUGAAGGCCAUUUUUCUUAUCUUUAGGCUACACAGAUCUUAGAAACAACUUAAAUUGGAUACAUAUUAUCAUGUUCAUAACAGCAUUCUUUGCAAACAUAACCUCUCGCCUUCGUUGUUUGCUUGUUGAUGAAGAAAGAGCGUUAGGGUUCUUGUUAGUCUUGUCUAUUCUGCUAUGUAAUCUCAUUGAAUUUUAAAUGUGAAGAACUUUCUUAGGUUUCAUUCUCGGACA